AUGAGUAUCCCCAUCCUGGCGCUGACAACGGAUGAGAUUGCGCUGGCCAAGGCUUUUAUCACAGCCGCCUCACAUGGGGAGCUGGAGGUGAUUCAACAGCUUGUCGAGUCGGGGCAGGUGGACAUCAACAUGCGCCGCCGUCGCGGCGAUCAGACGGCCCUGCACGCGGCAGUGUUGGCUCGCAAGGUGCCCGUGGUCGAGUACCUCGUCAAGCGCGGUGCCAACUGCAACGAAAUCAAUGGCAAAGGCAAGACGCCAUUUUGGCUCGGCUGUGCCGUGGCCCUGCCACAAGAAACGCUUGAGCUGAUGCUUGACCAUGGUGCCGAUAUUCUUCAAUCCUGUGCUCGCACCGGCGAUCUACCAUUGCAAGGCGCCCGCGAGCAAACCUCCAACGCGGGUCUCUGCCGUUGGCUUCAGGGCUUGACGGACGAGGCCCUCGAGGCACGCGAGGCUUCUGGUGCUGGAGCAGCACGCCCAGGCUUCCAACGCUGCCCCCUCUGCUACUUUCAGUACCGUGUGCGCGGUCGCUGCUAUUACUUUUAUCAGGACAUUGCCCAGGACACGCACCCAUAUGUGCAGCAGUAUCGCCAUCUCAAGGCUGCCGAUGCCCUUGUGGCCAAGGCCGGCUACCAUCGGCUGGGCAACAAAGCCCACUUACGCAAGGAAAUUUCCGAGAGUCUCAGCAUCUACAAUGCGCUCACUGAUCUUCUGCAGACUCGCUCCAUAACCUGGUCUGAUCUCUGCGUCAUUGAUCUCUGUGCGGGCUGUUCCUUGACCACCGUCAUCAUUGGCGAGGAACAUCCGGAGACGCGUGUCUUGGCCAUCGACCGCAUGAGUGAGUAUUUGGUUCCACACUUUCAAGACAACAUGUCCUACCAUCGGCACGACAUUAUGCACGACGAUUUCCUCUCCGCCAUGGCCGCGCAGUGCCAGGGUCGCAAGCAUUGCGUUGUCAUUGGCAUGCAUCUGUGUGGCACGCUUUCCGUGCGCGCCAUCGACCUCGCCGUGGCCUUGCCCACCUGCCUGGGCCUCAUCCUCUCGCCUUGUUGCAUGCCAACGAAAAAGUCUGAACUCAACGUAACGCGUGAACAAGUCUUUGAUAACGACACGGAUCGCUACGCUUUUUGGUGCCGCUGGUUGACCGCCCGCAUGACUGAUGCCGGGUUUGUUGAACCACGGCUCUGGAUUGACGAGCAAAUUCUCUCUGAUCGCAAUGCGCUCAUCUUGGGCACACGGCCAGCUCCCGUUGACGCGAUACCAGAGGCUAACCGGUCACCAUCACCACCUCUGCAGAACGAGGCCUCGUGCAGUGCCGCCGCUGCGCCAGUUGCGCCCGAGUAA